UUUGAAUUAAGGUGUCAAAGUGAGUGCAAUUGUUUGACGUUGCUUUGUCAGAAUAAAAAAACAAUGUUUAAAAAAAUGCGAUUGUUCCUUAUAACUGUGUCAUUAGCACUUGCUUCUGCUGUGCCUGCAUACAAUUACCAGCCACAACAUUUGCAUACAAAUACCCUUGGUCCAAUUAAUAACCAGGGUUCAUCUACUCAAGGACAUCAAUUUCUGCAGAAUGCACUACAAAACUCACCAGCUUUCUUAGGACAUGGUGCAUCAUCUUCAAAUCAAAACCUACAACAACAAUCAUCAAACUUUAAUAAUGGACAACUUUUUGCUCCUGCCAAUAACCAAUUUUCCCAACAACAACAACAAUUUAACUAUCAGUUUCUAGCUCCGAUUGUUAGCAAAGAUAUUUACGUUCAUGUUCCACCAGAGGAGCCUGAAGAAAACUAUCAAGUUCCUCAAGCCCCAAUUCAGCCUCCUAGAAAACAUUACCGAAUUGUGUUUAUCAAAGCUCCAACACAAAAGAUAAAUACGGCUUCAUUGAGAAUUACUCAAGCUCCAACUGAGGAAAAGACUAUUAUCUAUGUUUUAAGCAAGAAACAAGAUCCUUUGGAUUUAGAAGCUGUUUUUAAGAAUGUUGCACCAACUCAACCAAGUAAACCGGAAGUAUUCUUCAUCAAGUACAAGACGCAAGAAGAAGCUGUUCAUGCACAACAAUCAAUUCAAGCACAAUACGACAAACUUGGAGGUACUUCGGAAUAUUCUGAUGAGGGUAUUGCUCCAGUAACUUCAGUUAUCGGUUCAUUACAAAAUCAACAAUCAUCAUCGAUUGGAUCUUUCUCAAAUGGCCAUAACGAUGACGAGUCAUCGUCAUCAUUAUCAUCGUAUUUACCACCAAGCCAUUGAGAUUUAUAAAAUAACCCUUAAAGGGCUGUGA